AUGACUGAACAAGUCGAGGCGGAGGAAAAGAAGAAAAAGAGAGCUGAACUGCGGACUGGUGUUGAUGUCACCUGGAACCCUCCCGCAGACGAUGUUGCCGGAGACGCUAGAACGGACCAGGGCAGGAUUGAUGAAGUGGAUGUUGAGGCCGCAAACCUUCUGCCACCGCUUAUUGACAACCGCAAUGGAGAAGAGGAUCUUCCACGUGCAAAACCGUUCGGUGCGGCAAUGAUCAUGUGUACUCUUCAGAUGGGGGCGCGUGUAUUGGCUCAGUGCAUUGGCUACCACGAGUCAUUCGGGCGUGAUUUCUUGAUCGUUACCCUGUCUUCUGGACUACAACAGCGAUUGUUCAGGACCUCGGCAGCCGUCUUACAGCUGGUUCGUUUAACUCUCCAUUACAUGAUGUUUGGCAAGACACUGCGACAAGCAUACGAAGUGGAGUGUCUUGUGCCUUGCACUGAUCUAGGAACAAAGCUACCACGAAUAUCUCUCCUUGCCACCAUUGCGAUAGCGUACAGCAUCAUUGCUACAAUCAUCUGUGGCUUUUCAUUUGGCCUCUUGUGGUUUGCAUGGAAAUUUUUGUUCAUUUGGGUAAUGGACCAGCAGAGACGCGAGGAUUAUAGUGCAUCAUACUAA